CUUUUCUUCCCAAUGUUCCCAAAAGGUUCCCAAUCUUCCCCCAAGGUCGUAUGGCACGGCAGAACAGCUGAUCUAUUAUUUGUUUUUAUUCAUCACCAAAAGGGAUCUUAUAAUAUUCGUUAUAUUAUUUCACAAUACCCAAAGUUCAAAACUACUGAUACGCUCCACGAUUAUUACUAUGUUGAUCUGGCUUGCAUGAAAACAUUAUGCAUUAUUCAUUCCUCCAUGUCAGGGAAAAUAGUGGAAAAAGACAAAUCUUUUUUGUUCUCCAACCAAGGGAUAUUAUUAUACUCUACACCUACUAGAAAUGGAUAUUCUCAAAGCCGAAAUAGCCAGAAAGAGGAAACUACUGGAGGAGAAAGAACUAUUGGGUAGUGACAAGAAAUAUUUCAAACGAGGAGAAUUGAUAGCCAAGGAGCAGGAGGAAUAUAGAAAAAAGUAUUUUACACAAGAUGAAAGGAAAAAUGAAAAUUCUAUUAAACUCACUGAAGGUGAUGAGAUUGACUCCCACCAACACAGUAUUCUACCUAGACUUGAAGUAAUCUCCAGGCUGAGAGAUAGAAGUGAACCCAUCCUCUUAUUUGGUGAAUCAGAGCUAGAUGCAUUCAAAAGGUUACGAAAAUGUGAAUUAUUGGAACCAGAAGUCAACAGAGGAUUUCGUAAUGACUUCCAAGAGGCAAUGGAGCAAGUUGACCAGGCAAUUCUGGAUGAGCUACUGCAAGAACCUGGUGAUGGCAAAACUUCUGAAAAAUCUGAAAGCAGUAAGCAAGAUUCAAUGACAACAUAUGAAGAGAUCAGAGAGAUGGCCAAAAGAAUGGGAAGAGGGGACCGUGAACAUGACAUGACUGUUAUUGUCCAUUUCAUACAGUUGAUCUUGAAGCAUUGGAAUGAACAGCUUCACAAUAGAUCUAAAGAAGAAAAAGGAGGUACAAAAGGCAAGCUUUUGGGAGCAACCUGCACACAGACACAAGAAUAUCUGAAACCACUGCUGAGGAAGCUGAAAACAUUCACUCUUCCAGAGGAUAUCUGUGACAGUUUGACAGAAAUAGUGGUGCAUUUGCUGAAUAGGAACUACCUCAAGGCGAGCGACGCAUACCUCCAGAUGGCCAUCGGCAACGCCCCCUGGCCCAUCGGGGUCACUAUGGUGGGCAUCCACGCCCGAACCGGUCGCGAGAAGAUCUUUUCGAAGAACGUCGCCCACGUGAUGAACGACGAAACGCAGCGCAAGUACAUCCAGGGCCUGAAGCGUUUGAUGACCAAGUGCCAGGAGUACUACCCGACCGAUCCGUCCAGGUGCGUGGAGUACCAGGCGUUCGGGAAACCGGAGGAAGGGCAAAGCGGGAGUUUCUGAAUGGUUAUAAUGUCUCAAAAUCACGAAUCAAAUCACGGUCUCAUUCAAACGGUCGAGAUUUGUCACUACUGACGUCACAACUCUCUGAGGGAAACACAUACUUUCCGGGUUGCAAAGUAUAUUUGGAAAUGACAGAAAUUAGCUGGCUAUAAACAUUCAUAAAUCAUGCUUUAUUGCUUUCCUAAUUAUGUUGAAAGAUUCCUACUUCAUUCUCAACUGCAUAAUAUUUCCUUUGUACAGGUAAUAAAUGUGUUUGGGUGUAUGAAACAAAAGCAUUAUUGAUUCACCCCGAAGGAGAUUCAAUGUGAAACGUGGCUACAUCGCUUCACAUUUUGCACUUCAUAGUAAGAGAGCGCAGAGCGUGUUCGUUCACAUAGCUCGUGGUUAGGUUUCCCCGAUAUUAAGUACAGUGGUUUCUUUUUGCUGCUUUCUCCAAGUUCUGCUGCUUUAAAUGCAACUACCUCAGCUGCAUUCAUUAUUGUACCUCUUUGAUAAAGAAUUAUAAAUCAAUGAUGUUUGCGCGGACCGGUCACGAGAACAUCUUUUCGAAGAACGUGUCCCACGUGAUGAACGACGAGACACAGCGCCAGGUACAUCCAGGGUGUGAAGCCAAACCCGACCGAUCCGUCCAGAUUUGUGGAGUACCAAGUGUUCGGGAAACUACUGACGUCACGACUCGGUGAGUGAAAUACAUAGUUUCCAGAUGUCACGAGUACAUUAUUUGGAAAUAACAGAAAUUGUCUGGCCAUCCGGGUUGUCCCAGAUUUUUUACAUUUUAUACAGCCAAUAUUGUAUUCAUUAUUCCAGAUUAUUUGGGAUUUUCUCUCUUCGUCUCUAUAAAAUAAAAUAUCAAUAUUAUUUCAAUAUUAGUCACUGACAAGCUAGUCGAUGUUUC